UCCACACACAUCCACGGCAUUCACGAAGCGGUUGCUGGUGUUCUCUCUCCUCCCGUCUUUCAUAUUCCCCAAAUUCAGCUGGAUUUUUUAUGGUUGUUCUUGAAACGUUAUAGAUUUGGGAACGGUAAUUGAUUGGGAUUUUUCUCAAGAACAUGGGCUGGUACAGGCGAUCAAAGCUCGCAUUGGAUUCGAUUCACAGCCUCGCCUCAAGGAUUGCAUCCAAAAUCCCCACAAGAAGCUCCAAUCGAACAACCACGUGCUGCAGUUCAUCGAUACCCACUUCGAAUCAAUCUCGGGUUUCUGGAUUCGCAUUCUCUUCUCCGAUUUUAAGAAAUAUUGAAUUUGGGCUGAAACAGAAUCAGUACAGCUUGAACAGUCCGUUUCUGGGUCGAAGAUAUUACUACGUCGAUCGGUACGGAGUUGAGCAUUUCCGGCCGCGGGGUCCUCAAAGAUGGUUCAAUAAUCCCCGGGCGGUGUUGAUGGUGGUCUUGGUCGGUUCCGGCGUGUUCAUCACCGUCUACUUCGGGAACCUUGAAACCGUGCCGUACACAAAGCGAAAGCAUUUCGUGCUUUUGUCGAGGAAUCUCGAGAAGCAGCUCGGGGAAUCACAGUUUCAGCAAAUGAAAGCGUCGUUCAAGGGGAAAAUUCUUCCGGCGAUCCACCCGGAUAGCAUUCGGGUGCGGCUGAUUUCCAAGGAGAUCAUAGAGGCGUUGCAAAGGGGUUUGAGCCAAGAGCAGGUGUGGAGCGAUUUAGGCUACGCGACGGAGACGCAUGAGCCCGGCGGCGGGCUCGAGACUCUGGUGGCGCUGACUGAGACGGCAGAAGGGAAAUGGCAUAGAAAAGAUGAGAUUCUUGAUGAGAAGUGGGUUCAAGAGAGUCGGCAGAAGGGCCAAGAACGAGGGGCUCAGCCGGCGACGGCGCAUCUGGAGGGACUGAAUUGGGAGGUUUUGGUGGUGAAUGAACCAGUUGUUAAUGCUUUCUGCUUGCCCGGCGGGAAGAUUGUUGUUUUUACUGGGUUGCUUCAGCAUUUCAGAACAGAUGCAGAGAUUGCCACCAUUAUUGGGCAUGAGGUUGGGCAUGCUGUGGCCAGGCAUGCAGCUGAAGGAAUUACAAAAAAUCUGUGGUUUGCCAUAUUGCAAUUGAUUCUUUACCAGUUCGUUAUGCCUGAUGUUGCCAACGCUAUGUCGGCUCUUUUCCUAAGGCUUCCUUUUUCACGGAGGAUGGAAAUGGAAGCAGAUUACAUUGGAUUAUUGUUGAUUGCUUCGGCUGGUUAUGACCCUCGGGUGGCACCCAGAGUGUACGAGAAGUUGGGGAAGGUCGCAGGGGAUUCAGUAUUGCGAGAUUAUCUUUCGACACACCCUUCAGGAAAGAAGAGAGCUCAGUUGCUGGCUCAAGCCCAGGUCAUGGAGGAAGCCAUGACCAUAUACAGGGAAGUGCAAUCCGGACGUGGGGUUGAGGGCUUUCUUUAAUGGCCAACUUGAAGACCCAUUUGAAAGAAGGUUGUAUUUUCUUUAAUUAAUGGCAUUUAGGGUUUGAAAGGUUGUUUUCUUCUAGCUUAGGCUGAGGGUUUAAGGUAAGAAAUUUUUGGUGAAUAGAUUUGGCAUCUGUGUUGAUCAUUGGUUCAGUUUGGUGUUAAUGUUA